UGACACUCACUGAUGGCUGGACUGACGACGGUAUAGUGGGUGUAUGCGUGCAUCUCUACCUUCAAAAGCCAGGAAAUGCUGCGGGUUGUGCGCCUCCCAUUGGCAAUUAUCAUUCAUUCCUCUAGUCGCCACGGUUGUCAGCGGGUUGAACUUCACCCUUGUCCUAGAAAAGUGUUUUUUUAUUGGUUGUGCCACAUUCUUGGGACCAUUUUGAGGCGUCGGUAUUGCAAAAUUUCUGGAAACGUUUAGUGCGUAGUUUUCGGAUUUGACUAUUGUUCCACGAUCAAAUAUCGUUUUAGAGUUGUAUCCGGUAGUGCUUCAGAACGUGAACAGCCAAAGUAUCAAAGUGCCAAAACUUUUAUAUUUCUUGAUUUCUAAUUUCGAAAUAAGGAUUUCCAUACACUCAAAAUGCUAGCUAAGGAAAAUCGUGCGACCGAAACACAGCGGAAAACAUUAGGCUAGGACAGGCAAGCAGUUGGGGGAACAAACUUGCUUCCGUUUUAGUUUGUGUUUGGUAUUUGCAUUACUAUGGCAGAAAGUGUUUCCUAUGAAAAUGAUGGACAGUAUAAUCAUCUCAGAACUACCCUGCCGGUUCCUAUGUUCUCUCGCAGUGACUUCAACAUAUGGUCUGUGCUGAAGAAUUGCAUCGGUAAGGAGCUAAGCAAAAUCACCAUGCCAGUCGUAUUCAACGAGCCGCUGAGCUUUCUGCAGCGAAUGACCGAGUACAUGGAGUACGCCAAACUGCUGCGGAUAGCAUCGGAACAGUCGGACCCCAUCGAGCGGCUAAAGUAUGUGUCGGCAUUCGCGGUGUCCGCACUCGCAUCCAACUGGGAACGCCUCGGGAAACCCUUCAAUCCACUGCUGGGCGAAACGUACGAGCUCACACGGCCCGAGUUCCGGAUCAUCUGCGAACAGGUAUCGCACCACCCACCUAUUUCGGCGUUUCAUGCCGACUCGGAAAGUUUUUCCUUCCACGGAUCGAUUCAUCCGAAGCUGAAAUUCUGGGGCAAGAGCGUGGAGAUCCAACCGAAGGGAACGGUGACCGUCGAGUUCCCGAAACUGGGCGAAGCAUACUCGUGGUGCAAUGUGAACUGCUGCGUACACAAUAUUAUUGUGGGCAAGUUAUGGAUCGAGCAGUAUGGUAUGAUGGAUGUUGUUAGCCACAAGAACGGCCUGAAGGCAACGCUCAACUUCAAGACGGCCGGCGUGGGAAAUAAGGAUUUGCAUCGGGUCGAGGGCUACAUCUCCGAUAGGAACAAGCGAAAGACACACUUCCUGUACGGUAAGUGGACGGAGUUCAUAAAGUGUACCGAUUACACGUCCUAUGAGGAGUAUUGCAAAGAGAACGGUUACAAGUUCAAACGAGCGGAUGAACGAAGCAAGAGUCCAAACGAAUCGCCGGGAACCACCCCUAGGAAGGUGUUGUCUAAGCUGAACAGUCUCAAGAUGAGUUCCUUCAAAAGUCUAUCCAUAUCGGAGCCUGAUGAUCCCCCGGAACCUUCCGAAGGCGACAUUCCCAAAAGUGAUUCCACCUACUCGAUCGAUAUUCCAAACUCGGUCUCCCUGUGGGAGGCAGAAGCUCGGCCUGGAAAUACAGCCGAGUAUUACCAAUUUACGAACUUUGCCAUGUCACUAAACCAACUGGAGGAUCAUAUGAAGCAGCCCCGGGCCCUAUGCCCAACGGAUUCCCGGCUGCGGCCCGAUAUCCGGAAGCUGGAGCAAGGCGACAUGGACGGAGCGGCGGCGGAGAAAACUAGGCUGGAGGAAAAGCAGCGCGAAAAUCGAAAGAAAAGUAAAAAGGGAGACGACGGAGGGCUUUUCCCAAGGUGGUUCAAGCAUACGAUCAACCCGCAUACCAAGCAAGAAGAUUGGAUAUAUCAGGGCGGCUACUGGGAACGAACGGACGACACACUCGAACUGGACAUAUUUUGAACGCAUUAGACCGUGCAGUGGACAAAAUCCGAGCAGCUAUCUCCUUUCGUAUCACAUAUACCUUCAACAAACAUGCAUUUUUGUCAGAAGUUACCAAUGAAUCUCAUAUAACAGCUCUAAUGUCACAGAAAAAAAAGCAGAUUUUACACGAGACCACUGUUAGAAGAGAACGAUAGUUACAGGUGCUUCAUCGGAUGUGCGUGCAUAUUUUAAUCAACUUUUGCAGACAUUCAAGUAUAGCUGCAUUCCAUUACUUAGAAGACAUUAAAAUUAAGCAACACAACAAGUUUGGCACGGGAAAAGAAGCUUCUUAAUUCUCAAAGGAGCUCUAUCAUUGAAGCAAACGUUUGACAACAGUGUAUUGUAGCAAGGAGCAAAGAUCAACCACAUACAUCCACAUGUACACAAACACACAUACACAC